AUUUAAGUGUAUAACUUCGUCAUGAGCAGACGAAUACCGUGAAAAUGCGCCUCGGUAGUGCUUGGUUGGUGGUCAGUUUGUGGCUGUUUUCAAAUUUUCACCACCCACAAGCAGCCGAUAUCUUGGGAAUUUUUCCAUACUGCCAACCAUCACCUUUUCAGGUGGUGCGGCCUUAUUUGAUUGCUCUAAGGAACAGAGGACACAAAAUAACAGUGAUCACUCCAAUGGAAAUGUUGGAUGAGAUUGAGGGAAUCGAGCAAAUAGAAGUUCCCAUGCUCAAUAGGCGCAUACAAGAUGUGGUUGAUUUUGAUCUUUUCGACGACUUUUUUAUUAACAAAUGGUCGGAAUCAUUGAUGGCCUCCACUAUAUAUAGGAACAUGUCGCUAGCCAUCCUUCAGGACUUUUCUGUUCAACGAAUGUUAAGCGAUAAGAACGUCCGAUUUGACAUGGUCAUUUUGGAGCCAAGCCACAUGGAUGCCAUAUACGGCUUUGCAGAAUUUUACAAUGCUACAUUGAUGGGAUUUUCCUCAGUGUACACAGAUUGGUACACCGAGUUUCUUGCUGGAAAUUCCGCUCCGAGUGUUUACGAUCCGAUCUCUCCCAUCGGAUACUCUCUGGACAACUCUCUGAUGAGCAUGUUUUGCAACUGGGUAUAUAUCACAGAAGAGAUUCUGCUGGAUCGCUUGAUAUACAGACCAUCACAGCUAAGCAUCUUUAAAGAGGUUUUUGGCUAUUCGGCAAAAAAAUUGGACGACCUGCGCUCUAGCUUCUCAGUGAUAUUAAUCAAUAAUCAUUUUAGCAUGGGACGGGUUCGGGCCAAUGUCCCCAAUGUCAUCGAGGUGGGAGGAAUUCAUCUCAUCGAGCCCCCAAAGCCUUGUGACGAGGACUUGCAACGGUUUUUGGACGAGGCUGAGUACGGGGUCAUAUACUUUUCGAUGGGAGUGGACAUUAUGGUAAAAUACUUGCCACUCGAUAUCCAGCAACCAUUGCUGAAGAGUUUUGCUCAGUUGAAGCAGAAGGUCAUAUGGAAAAACGAACUGUCAACGAUUCCAAACAAGUCGGAUAACAUAUAUGUAAUGUCCAAGACACCCCAGAGGAGGAUUUUGGAGCACCCCAACGUGCGGCUGUUUAUCACUAUUGGAGGUAUCCUGAGUGUCACGGAGGCGAUUGAUAGCGGCGUGCCAAUGCUGGGACUGCCACUAUUCUUCGACCAAAUUGGAAAUAUGCAUCGAGUGCAGCAGGCCGGCAUGGCCAUGGUUCUAGACACCAACUCUUUGAGCGCAGAGUCUCUUACCAGCACUAUUCUGGAGCUGAUAGAAAACCCCAAAUAUGCCGCCAGGGCCAAGAAUAUGUCACAGAGCUUCAGAGACCGGCCGAUGAGUCCGCUGGAUACCGCAGUUUGGUGGACAGAGUACGCUCUUCGUCAUCCUGAUGUCAGACACAUAAGACUUAACGAGGAUGAUAUUUCAUUCAUGCGGUACUACAGGUUAGAGAGUUUGCUGUCCAUUGGUCUCCGUUUUGGAUUCAUUAUUGGAUUAGUAACCUUGUUGGCCUAUAAGUUAGUCCAAAAGUGUAAUCGUAAACAAGAGAGAGUACGAGUGUUUAGACUGAUAAGAUUGCCAAUAAAGUAAAGUAUAUCAAAAA